AUGCUCACAGCACUGAGCCAAUCAACGAAGCUCCGGGUUGAGCCGGCUCCUGUUUAAACUCCAUUACCUCAGAAGCAGAGCUGUUGGCUGAAGCAGACUGGAGUUGUGAAUGUGGUCACUUGGUGCAACGAAAAUAUACAGUUAUGUUUCCCUAUCCAAGAAGGGAUUCUGAAGAGCCUAAAAGCACACCAGUGGAGGGACAGCCCUCACUUUAUAACUUUGAGGAUGAUUUUCAAGACCUCGGUGCUUCACAGAGGAGUGAUACUCAAGUACAGAGAUCAGCAAGCGAUUCACAUGGGAAGAAAAGUCCUAUAGAACUGUUUGUAGAUGUGGGGGAAAAGGUAGAGGUUGUUCUUGGAAAAAUUGGAGCUGACAUUAACCGUGCUCUUAAUGCUAAGAGACAAAGAAUGGAAACAGACGUCAAAGAGUCUUUUGAAGGAAUUGACCAGAAAAUGAAACAAACUUGGAACUCAUAUGAAGAUGCAUUGGCAAAGCUUAAUGAAGACUCUGCUCAGUCAUUUAUGAAUCUGUUUGAGCAAUGGAAUUUGGAUUUUCAGGACUUGCAAGAAAAACAGAAAAAAUUAAUGAACGAUUUUCAACAGGAAGUAAAGAUUUUUCAACAAUGUAGGCUUGUUCAGAACCAGAGACUGAGAACAAUUAAACAAGUACAUGAACAGUUCUUAAAGAAUUUGGAAGAGUUGGAGAAGGAGAAUGACAAUCUGCUUCUUGGUAUCCAAAAUGAAGUUAAAGAAGAACUGAAUAAGCUGUGAAGAAAAAUUAUGAAAGAAUCUCAGCAGCAAGAGAUGGUUAAUGUUCAACAGUCUCUUCAAUCCAUGCUGUUUUGAUGGGAAGAAUAUUUGGAGAAGGAACCUAAAUCUAAAUGAUACAGUUCAAAUGCCAGCUAAGAGUCUUGCUUUAAGAUCAAUUCUAGUUUAAAUGGCAAGGUCUUUAGUCAUUAGCUUGUUCACCUGUCCUACUUUAUUCUGAAUAAAAUCCAGUUAUGUCAGUAUCAACUAUGCCUGUAUGUCAAAGUUUUAAUUCUUUUGUUACAGUGAAUUUUUCUUUAUGACAUUGUUAAUAUUUUCAAUAAAAAUGAUUUGUUUGGAUAUU